AUGGGUUCAACAAAUCCGUCAUCUCCUCGGUUAUCUGUGUCAAAUUCUCAUCCAGUCGAUAUUGCACCACCUGAAUUAAUCGAAGUACCACCUGAUGUUCUUUCACGAAUACAAGAUGGAGAAGAAAAACCGACUGAAACGACAACAAUACUCAGACGAUGUUGGAUAUGGUUAAAGAUCUUUAUAAAAAAAUGUCAUGGAUUACAUGAACAACGACCGAAACGUUUACCAUGGCAUGAAUAUAUUUGGAGUUUUCUCGGGGCGUUAUUAGGUAUUGCAACUGUUUCACUACUUCAUUUUCGUUUAUUACAAAAACAUGAAUUAUUAUUUUUAAUUGGUUCUUUUGGUGCAUCUGCUGUUUUAAUAUUUGGUGCGCCACGUUCUCCGCUUGCUCAACCACGAAGUUUAAUUGGUGGUCAUGUUAUAAGUGCGAUUUGUGGUUGUGUAGUACGCGUAGCGAUCGACCGAUUUGAACAUUCAAUAGCAUCUGUUGCUAUUGCUAUAGUAGUGAUGCAGUUUACCGAAACAACUCAUCCACCUGGUGGAGCAAGUGCAUUACUUGCUGUUACAACUCAACCUGUUCUUCCGGGAGCACAUUUUUUAUUUAUUAUCAUGCCCGUUCUGACUGGUUCUCUGGCAAUGUUAAUAAUUGCAUUAAUCGUCAAUAACUUAGCGCCAAAAAGAACCUAUCCGACCUUUUGGUGGUGA